AUGGCAAAGAAGAGAUUUAAUUACCCGCUCAUGAACCACUGCAUCAUCGCCAUCACCAUCAUCACCACCGUCAAAUUAACCCAACCACCAACCACCACCACCACCUUCCCCGCACCGUUCACUGGCGCCAUCUUCCCCACCACUGCCGUCCCCCGGCCUCCAGCUGAAAGUGUACAACUGAUCUCCGCGCAAGCAAACCCAUCCGGACAACAACCGCCGCCCGCACUAGCCGCACAACCCGUCCAACCGGCAGCACACCUCCGGCCUUCCCCACCAGGAGAGGACAGAGACACAGUAGGAUCGAUUCCUAUAACAAUCGUGGCGCCGUUGUCAUCCACGAUUGUGGUCGAGGAAAUUGGGGGGCAGGAGGUGGGGUUUACAUCGCGGCCGGUACGACAGCAGCCGCCGUGGUAG